CCUCGCUGCCGAGCCAGCUCCCCCUCGCCCGGCACCACGCCCGGCACCACGCAAGCACUUCCCCAACAAUGCUGAGGCGUCGGUUCCUCGGAUGAGAAGCGAGGCAUCGACGCAAGUAACACCGAGGAGAAGUUAUAUUAAGAACAGCAAGAGGAAAAACAAAGAAAAAAAUCUUCCACCCAACCGCCAGUGGGAUGACGCAACUCAUCACCAAGUACCUGGAGUCCCUGCCCC